CUCCACAUUGUGGCUGAGUUGAGUAAUGCUGUGGGGAAUUUAUAUGUUCACAAAAUGGCAGCUCUCUCAAGAGUACGGAUUUACAUCAUUUAAAUCAGAUCACUUCUCCCUUAAAUCUGCUGUCCUCUUUAACUGGUUGAGAAGCGGACCGUGGCACCAUGCCCGAGGUCUCUAAACUGAAGAAGCCCGACGUGAAGCUGGUGCUUUUGGGAGACAUGAACGUGGGGAAGACGUCCCUGCUCCACCGCUACACGGAGAGGAAGUUUAAAGACACUGUCAGCACGGUCGGUGGGGCGUUUUUCCUCAAACAGUGGGGGCCAUACAACAUCUCCAUAUGGGACACCGCAGGUCGGGAGCAGUUCCAUGGUUUGGGGUCCAUGUAUUGCCGUGGGGCAGCUGCCAUCAUCCUAACCUACGAUGUGACCAACUGGCAGAGCCUGGUGGAGCUGGAGGAGAGGUUUCUAUCACUGACGGACACUGCUAACCACGACUGCAUUUACGCUGUCGUGGGCAACAAGGCGGAUCUGACUGAUCUCACUGCACAGUUACCUCAGACUUUGGACUCAGGGGACCAAACCAAUAGUGAAGAGUCGCAGGUACUAUCUGCAUGUCCCACCCCACCUGCCUCCCCUGUCUCCAUCUCUGGUGUACUCCUUCGCAAACAAGUUACCCACGACGACGCUGUUGCUCUCUAUGGACGAAUACUACGCUACAAAGGUUUGGACGAAAAAAGCACCCUGCCUGCUGAGAAGAUGUGCUUUGAAACUAGUGCAAAAACAGGAUAUAAUGUGGACAAUCUUUUUGAGACACUGUUUGACCUGUUGUUACCCUCUAUUCUCAGGAAAAGAAACGAGAACCAAGAGUCCCCAACUGUAGACUUGGAGGAGUGUAGAACAAGUGGGGGAAAGCGGGGCAAAGCUUCCUGCUGCUAGGAAUACUUUUUAAAACAAAUACAUAUACAAUCAAAGCACUAAAUAAAACUGUGAUAAAGAUCUGGUGAUAUACAUUUCCAAUCUUGAUGAGAAGUUCUAUGACAUUUCAGUCUUCCAGGUUUUGUAAAAAGUGGGCCAACAUCAUUACUUUUCUUUAAUCUCUGACCACUGAAAUAGCACUUUAAAGUGAUCAUAAGGACAUUAAGACAAAAUCCAAUCAUUGCACUGAUGUUUGAGAAGCACAUUGUGACAGUAUUAGCAUUUUAUUAUUUCACAAUCUUGUUCUUCAUUGUUGCCAAUCCUAAUGCUCACUGUGGCAUAGCAUAAAAAGUGCAUUUAAGCUUUUUUGAUAAAUGCAAUAAAGAUUUUUUUAAAUUUA